AUGAGUGAGAAUGAAAUAUUAAAUAAUUUAAGCGACGCAGAUGACUUUAACAGCGAUUUCGAUAAUCUAAGCGAUGCUUCUUUAAAUAAUCAAACAAAUGAUGACAUAAACAGCAGUAUCAUUUUCCCUGCUGAAGACGAAACUAACCAUCGCCUUAAUACACGUCCUGCAAUCGGUGCAAGAAAAACAUCUCCCUACAUGACACGAUUUGAAAAAGCUAAAUUGAUCGGAACGAGAGCAUUACAAAUCAGUUUGGGCGCUCCGUUGACGGUUCAAGUUGAUUGUGAAAGUGAUCCAAUUAUCCUUGCGGAAAGAGAACUUAUUGCCAAAACUAUUCCUUUCAUUGUUCGAAGAUAUCUGCCCAACGGCGAGUACGAAGACUGGAGUGUGUCAGAACUGCUACUAAAUAAUUAA